CGCGCUGUGGCGGAGCUGCGGGCUGCAGCGCGUCUGUCUGUGGAGCUCCGCCCUCCCUGCGCACUCCGCGGCCCGCCCAGCGCCCGCUAACUCCCGAUCCAGCCCUGCCCGAGUCUGGGGGAAUCCGACGGCCUGCCUGCCCGGGGAAAAUCUGGAGGCCGCCCCGCGCGUUGAUCUACGGUGUGCCGUGGCCAAUGAAGAAUAAAGACGAUGGAUGAGGAGGUGACAAGGCUUGCUCUCCGUUCCCAAGAGCCAAAGAUUAUACUGCAUGGCUCAGAUGAGGGAGGCACGGGUGAGGAGGAGGAGUACGUGGUGGAGCUGCAGGAGACGGUGCUGGUGUCUGAGGUGGAGGGAGAGGCGGCGUCCGUCCAGGGCUUCUCCUCCGACGAGCUCGUCAUCCAGGAUGCAGUGGAGGAUGUGGUUGCCGAGUACGUGCACUGCGAUGACGAUGAGGGCGUUGCCGUGGAGACCUGCGUGAUGUCACUGGAGGGUGAGGAGGAAGAGGAGGACGGCGUUGCCAUGGCAGAGAUGACAGAGGAUGUUUUGGUGGCCGAGGGGAGGGAGCAGGACGGGCUGGACCCUGAACACGACUCGGACGGCUGCGGAGAUUACCUCAUGAUCUCCUUGGAUGACGCAGGUAAGAUGGUGUCGGGAGACGGAGAGGAGGUGACGGUCGAGGGGGCGAUAGAUGAUCAGGAGGUGGAGAAAGAUGAGGACGGACAGGAAGUCAUUAAAGUUUACAUCUUUAAAGCUGACUCGGGAGAGGACGACCUUGGAGAGACGGUGGAUCUCGGUGAGAAUGAGGCAGUCGCUCUGGCUGAGCCUGUGGUUCGGCCGCUGAGAGAGAAGAUGGUCUACAUGUCUGUGGGAGACGCUCAUCACACACAGACUGAUGGCGGGUCUAAGCUCUCGGAUGAGGUGUACAUGGAGGUGGUUGUUGGAGGCGAGGAGCCGGUUCCUCACGACAGGCCGUAUGACAGCACUGCCCUCAGCAAGGACUUCAUGCCCGUCGCGUGGGCCGCCGCAUACGGUGCGGAUGAAGGCUGUGAGAACCGUAACGGAGCGGCGAGCGCAUUACUGCACAUUGACGAGUCGGAUGCACUGGACAAACUCAACCGGCAACACGGCAAGAACAAGAGACGAGCUGAACCCCGACAGGUCCAAACAGCGAUCAUCAUCGGUCCGUAUGGACAGCCUCUGACCGUCUACCCCUGCAUGCUGUGCGGUAAGAAAUUCAAAUCCCGUGGCUUCCUCAAGCGCCACACUCGCAACCACCACCAGGACGUGUUGAGUCGCAAAAAGUACCAGUGCACGGACUGCGACUUCACCACCAACAAAAAAGCCAGUCUUCACAACCACAUGGAGGUGCACGCGCUCAGCAACAAAGCGCCGUUCGAGUGCGAGACCUGCGGUAAGGAGUUCCACCAGCAGGCGGCGCUGUUCUCGCACCGUCUCCAGCACCACCACCAGGAACAAAAAUCACCAACGGCCAUCGCGUCACCGCUUCCUCCCGCCGCUGCCACCAAGACGCACAAAUGCAAGUUUUGCGAUUACGAGACUGCCGAGCAAGGGCUGCUCAAUCGCCACCUGCUGGCCGUGCACAGUAAGAGCUUCCCGCACAUUUGCGUGGAAUGCGGCAAAGGUUUCCGCCAUCCAUCGGAGCUUAAGAAACACAUGCGCACGCACACCGGCGAGAAGCCGUACUCGUGCAUGUACUGUGAUUACAAAUCGGCCGACUCGUCCAACCUGAAGACGCACGUGAAAACGAAGCACAGCCGCGAGCUGCCGUUCCGCUGCGAGCGCUGCGGCCAGACCUUCGGCGAGGAGGACGAGCUGACGCAGCACGCGGCCACGCACGAGGACGCACGCGGACACCAGUGCAGCCACUGCGACCAUCGCAGCUCCAACUCGAGCGAUCUUAAGCGGCACGUGAUUUCCGUGCACACUAAAGACUACCCGCAUAAAUGCGCCGUCUGCGGGAAAGGCUUCCACCGGCCGUCUGAGCUUAAAAAACACUCUGCGUCGCAUAAAGCCAAGAAACUGCACCAGUGCCGCCACUGCAACUUCAAGAUCGCAGACCCGUUCGUUCUCAGCCGCCAUAUCUUGUCCGUUCACACUAAGGAACAGCAACAGCCGGCGCAGUCACCGACUCCGCCCUCGCAGGCGUCGCCACCGCAAGCCCCGCCCACAGAAAAGCCCGCCCCCAAGAGGACUAUAGGUGCGGCGCAGCUGGCGGCGCCCACAGUAAAGAAAGCCGGGGGCGCGAAGGGUCCACGAGAACGGAGGGUGUAUCAGUGUCAGUAUUGCGACUACAGCACAGGAGAUGCGUCUGGCUUCAAAAGACACGUUAUUUCCAUCCAUACUAAGGACUAUCCGCACCGCUGUCAGUACUGUUCGAAGGGCUUCCGGAGACCUUCGGAGAAAAACCAGCACAUUAUGAGGCACCAUAAAGACAUGGUGCCGGCAGAAUGAGCACCUUGUCUUUCUCCGCUCACUUCCGUAAACACACUAAACAGCCAGUGAUUUGAAAUCACCAUCCCUCAUGUUGGCAACCUCUGUAUUGGGCUUCUUAUCAAGACCCCUCAUGCAUAGCUGUGUGUGUGUGUGUGUGUGUGUGUGUGUGUGUCUGUAUGCGAGAGAGAAGUGUUUAGUGACGUAGACUGGAAGUGCUUUCACAUUGGUUAUGAUCACAUGGUUUACAGGUCUUAAAGGAACAGUUCAGCCUAAGAUAACAUUUCUGUCUUCCGUUAUUCACCCUCAUGUCGUUUUUAAACCUGUAUGUGUUUCUUUUUUUGUGCUGAACCAAUCUGAUUUAGUAUUCACUGACUUUCAUUGGAACACAAAAGAAGAUAUUUUGAAGGAUGUUGGUAACUAAACAGUUUUGGUUCCUAUCGACCUCCAUCAAAUGUACAAAAAAAUACAGUGGAAGUCAAAGGGAACGGAAACUGUUUGACUUUUUUUCUUGUGUGGAACACAAAAGAGUAUGUUUUUUAGAAUGUUGGGAACUAAACCGUUUUGGUUCCCAUUGAGUUUCAUUUCAGUUUCCAUUGUAACACAAAAGAAGAUAUUUUGUAGAAUAAUGGGAAAUGAACAAAUUUGGUUCCAAUUGAUUUCCAUUGUGUGGACAAAAAUUACAAUAAAAAUCAAUGGGAAUCGAACCUCUGGCUUUCUUCUGUGGAACACAAAAGAACAUAUUUUGAAGAAUGUUGGUAACGGAACAGUUUCAGUUUCCUUUGACUUCCAGUGGAAGUAACAAAACCAUUUUGGUUCCCGUUGACUUAUAUUGUAACACAAAUAGAUAUUUUGUAGAAUAAUGGGAAACGAACAUAUUUGGUUCCAAUUGAUUUCCAUUGUAUGGACAAAAAUUACAAUAAAAAUCAAUGGGAAUCGAAACUCUGGCUUUCUUCUCUGGAGCACAAAAGAAAAUAUUUUUUGAAGAAUGUUGGGAACUAAACGGUUUUGAUUUCCAUUGACUUCUAUUGUAACAGAAAAGAAGAUAUUUUGACAAAUUUGGGGAACCAGAAAUUUUGGAAGAAACAAAACCAUUUCAGUACCCAUAGACGGUUUUGGUUCCCAUCAGCUUUCAUCAUAUGGACAAAAAAAUACAAUGGAAGUCAAAGGGAACAAAAACUGUGACUUUCUUUCUUGUGUGGAACACAAAAAAGUAUGUUUUUUUUUUUUUUUUUUUAGAAUGUUGGGAACUAAAUUUGGUUUCUUUAUUGAUUUCAAUUGUAACACAAAAGACAAAGAAGGUAUUUUGAAGAAUGUUGGUUACUGAACAGUUUCAGUUCCCAUUGACUUCCACUGGAAGAAAUGAAACAGUUUCGGUACCCAUUGACUUCAAUUGUAACAUAAAAGAAGGUAUUUUGAAGAAUGUUGGUAACUGAACAGUUUAAGUUUCCAUAGACUUCCAAUGGAAGUACCUAAACUGUUGUGGUUCCCAUUGACUUCUGUUGUAACACAAAAGAAGAUAUUUUGUAGAAUAUAAUGGGAAAUGAACAUUGGGAAUAAUGGGAAUAUUUGGUUCCCAUUGAUUUCCACUGUAUGGACAAAAAUUACAAUGAAAAUCAGUGGGAAUCGAAACUCUGGCUUUCUUCUGUGGAAAACACACACACAAAAAAAAAAAAAAAAAAAAAAAAUAUAUAUAUAUAUAUAUAUAUAUAUAUUGAAGAACGUUCAUUGCAUAUGGGAGUCAAUGGGAAUGGAAACUGUUAUCAGCAAUGUUACCAACAUUUUUCAAAAUAUCAUCUUUUCUGUUCCACAAAAGAGUCCUUGUAAAUAAUGACAGAAUACUUUUUUCUGGGUGAAAUAUACCUUUAAAGGAACAGUUCACCCUAAAAUUAAAAAUAAAACUACAUUUAAAGAAAAAUAAUUUACUCGCCUUCAUUUUGUUUAAAAUUCACAGACUUUUUGCCAAGGAACAUAAGUGGUAUUCAUGUAAAAAAAAAUCACAAUAUUGUCAUUAAAAUAAUAUUACAGUUAUAUGUGUAGUAUUAUAUAAAUAUUGAAAUACAACUUGAGGACUAUAUUCCAUAUGUUCCAGAUGUCAUGUGAUUAAAUUUGUGUGGAGACAGACCCAAAUUUAUGCUGUUAUUCUCUGAAAAUCUUCUCCUUCACUUUAGAAACUAAUAACAGCAUGCAACAUAAGGGUGAGUAAAUAAUGACAUUUUUCACUUUGGCUGGACUGUUCCUUUAACUUUAGAUUGUUUUUUUUUUUUUCCAGUGCAUUUCGAUUCGGUUUUGUACCUUAACAGAUGAAACUAACAUGGGAUCAGGUGCAUAUUCCUGAAGCGUUUCAGAGUAUGGCAUUCAGUCUGCUAACAUGAGCUCUCUGAAAUGCUUUAUGAGUAUAGGACAAUGUGAUGGAUAUCAGUCUUGCACUUUACUAGAACGUCUGUCUGAUAGCUGUUUGAAAACACGUCGGAAAGGUACCAGGCUGUUUUACAUUGGCACUGAGGACAUUUGCAACAUCCUUGUGAUCAGGACGAGGUUUUAGGGAAUAUCUGGUCUCUCAAACCUUUGAUGAACGCAAAAAGUGCAUAUGAUCUUAUCUGAUGAAGAUUAUGAGGGAAAAACAGAUGCAGCAGCAUCUGUAAUGACCAAUGUGCUAGAAAGGAAUAGUUCACCAUGAAAGUAAAAAAGCCAUUUAUUCACCUCUGAGGCCAUAUGAAAUGAGUUUUUGCUAAAAAAUCAAGCUUUCAUGAGAAUUAACUUCUGCUAGGUUCAAAAGACUUGAAAUAUAUAAUGUAAAAAAGUCAUAUAGACUACUUUUAUGGUGCUUUCUUGUCGUUUUUAGAGCUUCAAGUGCUAAAUGCUUUCAUUGUAUGAGAACAACCACAUACUCCUGGACAUUCAACAUAUCUUUUUGUGUCCCAUAGAAGAGCAACUUUAAAAACUACAUGAAGGUGAAAAACUGAUGACAGAUUGUUGUUUGGUGAACUGUUCUUUUAGGGUUUAUGCAGAACUAAUGUCUUCUGCAUUUAUUUUUAAACUUGCUGGAUCAAGUCCAUGCACCAAAGUAGUUUUAUAAAAUAUUUGGCACCUCAGAUGUCUGGCAUUUUGGGUCUGUGAGACCAGAUAAGCCCUUUAAUCUGUAUCAUUUUAAGAAAGCUUGAAUUAUGUGCUAAUAGGGGAGAUUUUAAUCAUGCAAAGGUAAAUGUUUUCUCAUGUUGUAUGUUGACUUAAAUGCAUUUCACUUGGAUGUAUGGGACCACAGAGAUGUGAACUAAAUGGGUAAAUCUCAUUCAAAGAGCAUGCCUGGGUCAAAUUUAACCCCAAAAUCAAUAUAAAAACAACAACAUAAUAGCAUUUUUUUGUUCUACUUUUUGCUAAUUAAAAUACAAAACAUUGUAUUGCAGUAAAUAUUUUAAGUUUUUAUUUUUUUUUUUUUUUUUUUUUUUUUACAUUACAGUAAUGUACAUAACCAUCAGAAAAUGAAUAGGAAUUAUUAGAACUUAAAAUAGCACCUACGCUAAAAAAAGUACUAAUUUACUAAUUAAAUGUAACUUUUAAUUACAAAAAGCAGCAAGAAACACUGAAUUAAAUGUAAAAAUUGUAAAUUUUUUUUGUAAAACAUACUCCAGUCAUUGUAUUAUUUACAUCUUUGAAGAAUUUUUUUUUUUUUUUUUUUUUUUUUUACAGUGAUUUCAUAGUAUAAAAAAAUAUAAAUACGAAAUAUUAAUUGCAACAAUGUUUAGUAUUUAAAUUUUUACUACUGUUGUAUAAAAUACACAAGUCAAAAUAUAAUUAAUUAUUUUUAUCUCUUUAGUUUUUGGGGUGAAAUUUGACCAGAGUGUGUUUCUUUUUUUGAGAUUGAGCCAUAUCUUAUAUUGGAUUCAGUAUGCCAAUCAAAACUUAUUGAUGAUCUUAUUGAACAUCAAGCCAAUUUUGUCUCUCAUUAGUGUCCACAAAAUGCAGUAGGAGUUUCAUUUAAAAAGGACAACUAUAAGGAGAUUACAAAUGAUCCAUAUGUAUGUAUGUGUAUGUAUGUAUGAUUAUGAUUGAUGAUUUUUCUGGUUUAUAUACGAAGCAAUGCAUCAGAUACGUUUGCCGUUGCCAAUAACCUUUUCACCAGGUGACUCUCUCUCUCUCUCUCUCUCUCUCGUCUUCAUAGUGAUGGUACUGUAUGGCUGCGUUCACAUACGGUCAAUGCAAAUACACACUAAUACCCACUAAUUGUCUUAACCGUCUCCGUCAGACCUCACUUAAAUCGUGUGCUAGGCUGGCAUCCUUUACUAGUUACCAAAACGUGACAAAAAGCUGGAAUCGACAAGGCGGGUCGUGUUGGAAAUGCGCUGUUUUGUGUUUGUAUGUAACGUAAAUCGAAUCAAAUAAUGCUUGUUUGGGUCACAAUUCCACUAACCUGUGAUGGAUGAAGUCAUAUCCAGCUUUGCAUGUGAUUGGCCAGAGGUUUCCAGAGGAACUCGACCUCAAAGCACUGAAACAGCCUCUCUUUGUGUCCGAACCGCACCAUUAGCAGUGAUUAGCAAAAACGAUGCCAUCGGUCGGGAAGGGAAGCACUUCCUCCCGACGCUCCCAGGCCUUCCUCUCUCUCUCUCUCUUUUCCCUGUGAUCAUUUUUAUACUGCAGAUAUUUAUUUGGUCACCGUUUAAACUUUGUUGUAUAGUUAAAUGUAAGUAGGAAUCUAUGGGACUAUAACUUAUUGUUUUGUACACAGAUCUGUAAAGAGAGAGUGUAGAUGUAAACACUUCGGAAAGAGGAGUUCAGAACUUUGUGUUGUCAUGGAUGUAUCUUCACAUUUGUUUAAAAAAUGAUAAAAAAGGAAAUAAAAGGCAAAGUAUU